GCGAGGACGCCAUGGCACGAAGUCACGAGAUCCCCAAUUACCCACAUUACAAAACAAACCGGUCCCACGCGUAACACGCGGUGCGUUGACGAUUCUAAUGGCUUCAAGCUAGGUGUCCGCCGGUCUUAGCUUCUUCCUCCUCAGCCCACCGAUCGAGUUCCAUCCGUGCCGCAUCAAGCCUGAAUUCACGACUCCGUUGGUCGUCGAGAUUCAAGAACACACAGCCUGUAGUUUCGUCUCUCGGACGACGUAUAUACCAGGGACCUCAGGUGGGACUCCGCUGUGCGCGAUUCUUCGACUCCGGCCGCUAGCCCCAUCACCACGGAGCUCCGAAAACAGCGAAAACCCUCAUGGCCUCAUCAGUCCAUGGCCUAGCAGCUCAGGCGUGGUGCCUUGGCGCCACGACCCUGAAUGACAUAGUGCAUGACUUAAAUGUCAUGAAGCUAUUUGCGGUGUCACUACAUGGCAACUUGACAAUGAGUACAGUACUUUUUCUGGCACCAAAAUAUAUCUUUCACGUAACGCCGAAGAGCACGACUGCGAAAAAUGAUGAUGAUGAUCCAGGCGAUGACAUUUUGGGCCUUUUAUGUUUGCUUCUUCCAUUUAUCCGGAAUUAUCUCUGGAUACUGCUUUCUGAUAUGGGCCAGUUAAAGGGUCUCGACAUUUAUUACAUGGACAACAGUGCUAUAGUGGUCUUAGCAUAUGCAUUUUUGCUUAAGAUCAAUUUGCAGUAUUGCAUCCUUGUUCCCUUCCCCAUUAGUUUGGUUACCUUCAUCAUUCAUCUGAACAAGAUUAGGGUGAAGUCGCAGCAUGUCAGUGGAUCAGAGGGUAAGGAUGGCAAGAAAUCUGAGGAACUAGUAGCGCCAACUGAUCUGAACAGAUCAAAGGACUCGGAAGAAAUGGAUGUCACGCAAGUUUUCAACAAGAUCCGGGUGAAGCCGCAGCAUGUCAGUGGAUCAAAGGAUAAGGAUGGCAAGAAAUCUGAGGAACUAGUAGCGCCAACUGACCUGAGCAGAUCAAAGGAUGGCUCAGAAGAAACAGAUAGCACGCAAGUUGGGGAACUUGAAAGAACUGUAGUGUUUCCAUUUUUCAUGCUAUUAAUCAGUGCCAUAUAUGGUGACAGUAGCCCUGUUCUGUCUCACUUCCUGCUCUUCUCAUGCUGCGCGCUUGGGACACUGGCACUAAUGUAUUCCAGAUUGGCUGAUGAAGUAACAAGUCCUCCUGCCUUAAAACCAGCACUGGAAUGUAUCCGAAUGUCCUACAUGGUAAUGCUGUUCAUAACAGCACACACGGUGGCAGCAGAAUGGCUGGGAGAGGUCAUGGCAUUGGUCUGCAUGCCUGAGCUGAUUGCAGGGCUUGUAUGGUUCGCUACUCUUCUCCACACUGACACUUCUAAAUCUAACAGGGCAGCAGUCGACAAGGUGGCAUCAGAUAAAGAUAGCAUCAGUUCGAUUGCUGCGGGUGUUUCUGAAACAGAACAAGUUUCCGUUGGUAUCUUCAAAGGCUUCAUUUCCCAAGGCUGCACAUUCAUUCCACCUGGAGCUGCUUUGGCAGGCUUAACAACUUGCACUUUUGCAUAUGACCGGGUGCUCCUGUCCUCCUGGAACACCAAGGCGACGGUUGCCUGUGGCGUUGCAGGGUGCAUGCCGUAUCUCAGCAUCUGGAUGAUAUCACGGUGGCCCGGCAGCAUACCUGCCGCAGAUAAGGCGACGCAGCUGCUCAAGUUUCUUGCAAAUGUUUGCUUCACCGGAGCUUGCCUGAUGCUGUUUGCUCUGCCUCUGCUUGCUGAGAAGACACUGGCUUACCGUUUGUUUGCUUUGGAUGCUCUUAUUGAUCCUGCUGGUGUACUCAAGUAUCUUCCGUUUAUUUACUUCAGUACAGCAGUAGCGUCUUUGGGAGCUUUGUUUAUGAUGAAGUAGCUUUUCUGGUGCCUUGCUGCAAUCGACUCUACGUUCUGUAUAAACCACUAGUUGUAAACUGCAAAUAUUAAGUUAUGUAUUCUGUUGUUGUAUAACAUAAGGUCAAAUAAGUUGUAUCUGCCACGAUAUUUGUAUCCUUUUAAUCACAAGUUUGGAACUAGAGUUCUGUUCUUCCAGUAACUCUGAAAUUGUUUGUGUUUAUACGAAUUAGCAGUUGCAACAGUAGAUAUAUGAUUAUUAAUGUUAUGUUUGGAAUAUAUCGGAACAUAUAUGGUGAA